AUGAGGGCCUACAUCUACGACAACUUGCCGGGCGACCAGCGCCUGUCGCACGAUUCCGGCCACGAGAUCGAUGGAGAGGCACUUGAGAAACUAGGUGUUAUUUAUUAUCAUUUCCCCGACAUUGAAGAUGUCAACAAGCUGGCGGCUAGCCGGGGUUACAAGAACCGCGACGAGAUCUUCGUUUCACCAGAGAAGAUGGGCGACGUGUACGAGGAGAAGGUCAAAAUGUUCUUCAACGAACACCUUCAUGAGGACGAGGAGAUCCGCUACAUCAGGGGUGGCAAGGGAUACUUUGACGUCCGAAGCAAGAAUGACGAUUGGGUGCGCAUUCAGCUGGACAAGGACGACCUGAUCAUUCUCCCCCCUGGCAUUUACCACCGCUUCACGACUGACGAGUCCAACUAUGUACACGCCAUGCGCCUGUUCCAGGACGAGCCCAAAUGGACACCCCUCAGCCGAUCUCAAGACGUCGACCAGAACACUCACCGCCAAGGCUAUGUCCAGCAAUACCUUUCGUGA